UAAGCAUCUCAUGGAGUCCCUCUCCAUCAAAGCAUAAAUACAGGCCCAACCAGGUCGUGGUCCUGGUCCUCAUCUGCACGCCGCGGCUGUUCGGGACCCAAAACCAUGUCGUCCCAACUGUCUCAUUCACGCCUCAGGAAGUCGCCUUCCGACUCUUCUUCUUCAUCGUCGUCGUCAUCCCCCGCCAACGAGGGCCUGAGGCAUGAGAGACUAGCAAGAGUGCACUCGUCUGGGGUGUCGGACGCCUCCAACGACGUGACGAAAAACCACGCCGAGUCGUAUUUCUCUCGGCGGGAGAACAGAUUGUCAGCGAGGAAAAGGGCCGAAGAGGAGAUAGCCCACAAUGAUUAUAAAAAGAUGUAUGAAAAAGCAGUGGCCACCAAUCAGAGGCUCAAGUCUAGACUGGAAACCAGUAAACAAGAAUUGGUCGUGAUAAAGGAGCAGCUGCAGAGAGCGCAGCAGAAGGAGAGAAAGAGAGAAUUUGGUUCCAACAUGCUCGAAACGGAGAAAAAGGAUAGUUGGAGCCUGAGGAAGAAAAUAUCUGACAUGGAAGAACAAGUGAAGGUCAAAGCCGAACUUCACACGGAAAACCAAAGACUGAAGGAUGAAAACGGAGCGCUGAUACGCGUCAUCACCAAAUUAUCCAAGUGAUUUCAUCCGAAGCUGAACGGAUGACUGAGUACUGGAUGGCUGCUACCUGUUUCAUGUCUAAUGAUUACAAUAGAGGUGAUAUCCCUCUGAUUCAUAUUUUUGUUGGGGGGUCAGAUGGCUAACCCGAUACACAUGUAAAGACGCAAUCAACGUUUUACAUCAUUCCAGGAUAUAAACUCAAAUGAAAUUCCAAGAUUUUUGUCAAAUCCAUCUCCAUGCAAACUGUGGCCCAUGUAGUCCAUAUGCAAUAAAUAUGGAUGUCACGCUUUAACUUGUAAUGUGGCAUCAAAAUUCCCAUCUAAAAUUGUGAUUAAAAACCCAUACAACACAAGAAGUGAAGAAAUGGCAUUUUUGUCACGUAAAGCACAAGCAGACUUGGUGUAGUUGUGUGAUGUAGUUAAUUUUUGUAUUUUACAUAUUUUACUGUAUUGUGAUAUUUCAACCCAAACGUCAGUGCUUUGUUCUUACCUGAUAAGUGGGUUCACUGUGCCACCCUGUGACCAAUAACGGAAUUGCAUCUUUCAUUCCAUAUUGUUACUGUACCGUUCAAGUACUGUACGUGUAUAUAACCUUCAUUUUCGAAUGAUAAAAUCAAGAACAUUUUAAAAACUUGCACAACGUAUUGCCUCGUUAAAAUCAUAAACUAUUUGGGUCAGAAAACUUUGAGAGUGACAUUAGAAACAGCCAAAACAAAUCCAAAUUUAGAUAACGACUCACCUUUUGAAGAUUCUUGGAAGACACUCACACGACGGAUGAUAAUGGUUCUUGGCCUCCAGUAUGCAGACGGUGAGUUUCCCGGCAGUGGGGACGUAACGUAAGGAGAUGCAGAUGUCCCCGAGUUUCUCGGGCUGAAACAGCACAGACGCCAGAAUCGUCAGGUGUGAAGACUUUAAUGAAGA